UUUCUUCUGGAGAGAUCCAGAGAAUACAGUUGUUUUUGUUUUCUCUCUCUAUAAGGGCACUCCAAAAGCCCACCCCGGAAUCCGUUACAGAGUUAGAGAGAGAAAGCUUCCAGAGCUCGAGGGUAGAGAUUCCCUAGUGAAAGAGAUUCUAGAGGGAGGGGGAGGCUUGGAGAAGCUUAUUUGUCUGCAAUUUUGGUGCUUCUAGGGUUUCUUUGCAGUUCGGAGUUUGGUUGCCUGCUUUUCUGGUGUAAGGAUUCUGGCUUUUUCUUUUGCCAGUUGUGUCGAUAGAAUGGACGGAUUUUUUACUGGAAAGAUGAAAAGAAAGGAACUGGAAGAAGUUUAUGAUGAUUUCUCCGAUUUUUCUCUCUCUUCUCCUGGAAGGAAAAUUAGGCGACUGGAUGCGGAAUUACCUCCAAUUAUGGAAGAACCCAAUUUCCCGUCAUUCUUUGAAGAGCAAGUACCAGAAGAGCAUUUUUUGGACCUGAAAGACCGUAUUGAACAACUGCCAACAGGGCCUAUAGAUGUUGGGUCUCCUGUUUCUGUGAAUGAGGAAAGAGCCCUUGUUCUUUACAAGCCACUGGGGUCACCUGGUGUCUCUUUCAGAGUAAAUCCUUUUCUCCUUCCAGCUUUGAGAAAUAAAAUGCUGUGGCUUGAAUCUUCCGAUGGCAAAAUAUCCAAUGAAACAACACCAAAAUCAUCAAGUGAAACUCCAUUAGCUUGCAACAAUAGCAAAAAUUUGGCUGUCGUACCAUGGGUUCCAUCUCAAUUAUCCGUCUUAGAAAAUGGAAGGGAUUUGGCGAUUGAAGACUCGAUGUUUGAACCUAUGGUUCAAGAUGUAGAAAUGGGUACCGCAAUGGAGGAAGACUUAGAUGAUACUGAGCAACAAAGACUAGCAAGGACAUCGGUGGCAACUGAGCCACAAGCAGCGGUUGGUGUGAUGGGAGGUGCUGAUGCUCUGCAAUGGCAGCAGCAUUGCAUGACCACUCCCCAACAACCUCCCGGUUCUACUCCCAUUAUGUGGUCUUGGUAGAGCAUUCUCUUUCCUCUCUCUCUCUACUGGUUUUCUUUUGUGAGAGUUUUGGUGAAAAGAGGAAUGGAAGCUUUUGGAUUAGGGAAUUGAUGGGCAAGUUCUCUCUCUCUCUCUCUCUCUGCAUGAUGGAUCCUGUGGGAAAAUUCUUGUUUUGGAAGAGGCCCAUUUGAGAGCUUAUGCGAAAUAUCACAGGGAUUUUGUAUAUGCAAAAACUUGGGUUGGUAUGUGAUUAGACAUGUUUGUAGCUGUGAAUAGACGUGUGGAGACUUUUUAUUUUGGAGGGGAAAGGGAGGGUUGGAAAGGUGAGGAUUUUUUUAGACAUUUAGAGUGAGAUGUAGAUUUCUAUCAGAUUCGCUCAUUGUUGGAACUUUUGAAGUGUAAUCCUUCCAUCCCAUAAUUCAAAUGUACAUACUUCUGAAUUGUGUCUAGGAAUGUUAAAACUCCAGCUUCGGAAAGCCCAUUUUUUAA